CUGGUAUUACAAAGUUAUUACAAAGUUAGUUCAUUUUUUCCCCAAAUUAUAUUUUAAUUUAUAACAGAGGUAAAACGUAAAAGAUAAGGAUAGUGUACUGUGAGAAUACAAGUGGAAAAGAAGCACGCGCUGGGCGGUGGCUGCUGCAGAUAAUUGGUGUGAGAAAUCAAGGCGAGUGAAGGUGACGGUGACUUUCCCCAACUGAAAAAAAGCACACAAAAAUCCUUCCAAACCCUAGAAAAUUAAAAACAAAAAACACCACAGCUCAAAACGCAGUCUCACUCUCUCCUUCCUUCUCGUCUAUAUUACUCGGACCAAAAAUAAAGCAGCGGCGGAGUCCACGCCCGGAAGGCGUCGCGUGGAUUUUGGAUUUGUUUUUUAAUAGAUUUAAUUUCCGUUUUUCCCUGCAGAUUCAUCAAAAAUUCCCCUGAAAACUUCACCCUUCUCACAUUCCUCCACAGCGAGUAAUCCACACCGCUUCACCUCCUCUUUCGUCAGCAACUACAGGAAAGAAGGGUAUGUCAAAAACUCUUUUGGCCAUUUUUUCAAUUUUUUUCCCCCAUUCUUUACCUCCUUUCCUAGCUCAGCGUCAUUCUUUUUCAGUGAUAAAUUUACAGAAUUCUGGUGAACAUCAUGACUUGUAAACGUGUAAUUCUCCUGCCCUUUCCUCAAUUUUGUCAAAGUUUCAGUUUUUGUUGUUGCCACUUCCUAGCUUUGAGCAGCGAGUGACGAGAUGGAAUUGAUUGUGUUUUGUUUUGCAAUUGCGAGUUAGAAACUUGGAAAUGUUGAUGUUGAGAUGGAACUAAAGAAGUUUUGUUUUUGUUUCUGUUCUGGAGAUCUAAUAAUAUCUGUGAAGUAAGUUAAGUAACAGUGUUGAUUGACAUUAAAGAGCUGGUUUAACUGAGAGGAGAAGAAGGAUGAAUUAAAGUAGGCUUUUGAAGUUGAACUUGUACUGGAUCAAUUUUCUUAGGCGCUAUAGUCACUUUAGGGGCUUGGUCUGCUGAUUCAGUUUGCUAUGAUUCUCAUCCAUUUUUCGAUUAUCUGGUCAAGCUUAUACUAGAUUAACUAACUAUGAAACUUUAACGCGUGGAUGAAGAAGUGUAGAGUGAUUGGAGAUGGAUUGUGUAACUCGCUUUGUUACUUCUUUCAGCGUAUUUCUUUCCCUUUUCUUUUACCCCCAUAUCUGUUCUCUUUCUUUGUUUUUUACAUUUCGAAACUUGGGACCCUUGUGUCUUACCAUGAUAAUAAUAGACUCCUAUUUGUAUUCAUUUUUCCCAAAUUUUUAUAUCCUGUGCUGAAAGGUGAGUCAUAUAGUAUGUUGUACCAGUAUGUGAAGGGACUCGUUCAGCUUAUGUUUAUAACCUAGUAUGAGAAGGAGCCUUCAAACAUUUAUAACCUAGUAUGAGAAGGAGCCUUCAAACAUGUAUGUAAUUUAGGGUUUAUCGCCGCUCCCUCAGACUUGUAUGAUUCUGAUAGUUGAUGCUUCUACGGAGCCUUUGUUUUGCGAUUUAUAUUUUUAUACUUUUCAAAUAAUCUUGCCAAGUCUUUCUUUCUUUACAUUUUGAGUUACUAUGUGUUGGUAUGCAAUCUAGAAGUUUACUUAGAAUUCUAAUUUGUUAUUCUGGUUUAAAUUAUUUCAUCUAGUCUUGAUGCAUUCUGUAGUGCAGGGCAUAUUUCUUUUCAUACCUCUGUGUUGUCUAAAUAGGCUGGAGGGUUUUGGUGCCUGCUGUAUUUUCCUGAUUGAGGAAAAACGCUCUCUGAAUUGAAGAUGACAACUAACAUGCUGAUAAUUGUUUGUGUGUUUGAAUGGCCUUGGGUAGUAUGUUAUGCUCUGUUGAGUGGCUAUGUUGUGGCAUUUUUACAUGUUUGUCUUCUAACUUUAGUUUACCCAAUUUUAGAGACAAAAGAAAGUAGAAGAUGUUGCAGACCAUUAGUUCUUGCUAUCAAUUAUUUAUCUGGUUUCCUGCAGCUUCCAUAUAAUAAGUAUUUGCAACCUUUUUGCCCCUCCUUUUAUGGGGUAACUAUGCAGGUACACCAAAAGUUAUUUCACUUCACAGUACUGCUGUAUAUGCCAUGGACAUAGACCUUACCCUUCCUUCUGAAGAACAUGAUAAGGAUGAUGACGAAUCAAAUGGAAUUGUUCAUAUGCUGGAUGGUGAAGAAGAGAAACACCCAAAUGGAGAUGCAAUGAUUGGAAAUAUGGAAGAUGUUGAGAGAAUACAUGCUGAAAAUGGAGGGCAAAUGAACAUUCCUGCAGGUGAAAUGGAGGACCCCAAAGAAGAUGUGUUGCUGGAGCCCCUUGCUGGUAUGGAAUUUGAAUCACUUGGAGCAGCAUAUGCCUUCUAUCAGGAAUAUGCCAGGUCUAAAGGAUUCAAUACUGCUAUACAGAACAGCAGGCGUUCUAAGACAUCAAGGGAGUUUAUUGAUGCAAAGUUUGCAUGUUCAAGAUAUGGAACCAAACGUGAGUACGAGAAAUCUGCAGUACGCCCACGCAGUAGGCAGGGAAACAGGCAGGAUUCUGAAAAUGCAACUGGUAGAAGAGCAUGUGCGAAGACAGACUGCAAAGCAAGCAUGCAUGUUAAGAGAAGGCCAGAUGGAAAAUGGAUUAUACAUAGAUUUGAGAAAGAACACAAUCAUGAACUAUUACCAGCCCAAGCAGUGAGUGAACAAACGCGAAAGAUGUAUGCUGCCAUGGCAAAACAGUUUGCCGAGUACAAAAAUAUGGUUGGUAACAAAAGUGAUUCAAGAAGCCCUUUUGAGAAAAGCCGGAAUGCUGCAAUUGAAGCAGGAGAAGCCAGCUGUUUGUUAGAUUUUUUUAUUCAGAUGCAGAGCAUGAAUUCGAACUUUUUUUAUGCAAUUGAUAUAGGUGAAGAUCAACGGGUUAAGAAUUUCUUUUGGGUUGAUGCUAAAAGUAGGCAUGACUAUGUGAACUUCAGUGACGUAGUAUCUUUUGAUACCACUUAUGUCAGAAACAAGUAUAAGAUGCCUCUGGCGCUUUUUGUGGGGGUCAAUCAUCAUUACCAGUUUAUGCUGCUAGGUUGUGCUUUGAUAUCUGAUGAAAGUGAAGCUACUUAUUCUUGGGUAAUGAGGACAUGGUUAAAAGCUAUGGGUGGUCAACAUCCAAAGAUAGUACUCACUGAUCAAGACCUGGUCUUGAAAUCCAUUAUCUCUGACAUAUUCCCAUCAUCUUACCAUUACUACUCUCUGUGGCAUAUCAUUGGAAAAGUCUCGGAAACUCUGAACCUUGUCAUUAAACAGAAUGAGAACUUCAUGGCUAAAUUUGAGAAGUGUGUUUACAGGUCCUGGAUGGAAGAGGAGUUUGAGAGGAGGUGGUUCAAAUUACUGAAUAAGUUUGAGCUUAAAGAAAAUGAAUGUAUGCAGUCUCUAUAUGAAGAUCGCAGCAAAUGGGUGCCUUUGUUUUUGAGUGAUGCAUUUUUUGCUGGAAUGUCUACUACUAACCGUGCAGAGAGUGUGAAUAAUUACUUUGACAAAUAUUUACAUAAGAAGACUACCAUUCAAGAGUUCAUCAGACAGUAUGAUACGAUUUUACAGGACCGAUAUGAAGAAGAAGGGAAAGCAGAUUCAGAUACAUGGAACAAACCGCCUGCAUUGAAGUCUCCAUCUCCGUUUGAAAAACAUGUAGCCCCCAUUUACACAAAUGCUGUAUUCAGGAGAUUUCAAGUUGAGGUCUUGGGUGCGGUUGCCUGUAUUCCCAAGAAGGAGAAGCAGCAGGACAUGACUGUAACUUACAGGGUUCAAGAUUUUGAGAAGAAUCAAGACUUCAUUGUUACAUUGAAUGAACUGAAGUCGGAAGUAUCCUGUAUGUGCCAUCUGUUUGAAUAUAAAGGUUUCCUUUGUAGACACGCUAUGGUUGUUCUUCAAAUUUGCGGCAUUUCUAAUAUUCCAGAGCAAUAUAUUGUGAGGAGGUGGACAAGAGAUGCCAAGAAUAGGUAUUUUGGAGGCGAGGGCUCUGACCAGUUGCUACCACGGGUGCAACGGUAUAAUGAACUUUGUCAAAGGGCUAUCAAACUGGGUGAAGAAGGAUCCUUAUGUCAAGAAACUUAUGAUAUUGCUCUGCGUGCACUUGAUGAUACUUUUCGUAGAUGUAUUAGUAUUAAUAACUCCAAUAGGAAUGUUGUUGAGGGUGGGACAUCAACCACACCUGGCCUUCUUUGUGUUGAAGAUGAUGAUCAAAGUAGAAGCAUGGGCAAGACAAAUAAAACAGCAAAGAAAAACAACCCAACCAAGAAGAGGAAGGUCCGUUGCAAACCACGUACAUUGUAUUUCCUUUUAGGUCUUGUUGUAGUAUGAUUCAUCUUGUUUCUGUAUUUCAGGUAAACUCAGAAUCAGAUAUCAUGAGUGUUGGGGCUUCGGAGAGUUUGCAACAAAUGGAUAAAUUGAGCUCCAGACCAAUUAACCUUGAUAGCUAUUUUGGCCCACAACAGGGUGUUCAAGGAAUGGUACGUCACUUUCUAAUGAUUGUUAACAUUGAGUAAUCCCUCUACCUUUUUGAAUUAAUGGCUGUCAUUUGGUAGGUACAGCUGAACUUGAUGGCACCAACUCGAGAUAAUUACUACACAAACCAGCAAACCAUACAGGGGCUUGUAUGUUAUUAUUAUAUUUGCUCUUCGGGAAAUCAUCACGUGCAGUAAGAAAUAACAUUUGUUGUCUGUUUGGUUUUUGCUUUGCAGGGACAGCUCAAUACCAUUGCGCCUGCCCAUGAUGGCUAUUAUGGCACUCCACAAACAAUACAUGGACUGGUACAUGGUUCUGUUGCUCUCGGUUCUGCAAGUGUAAAGCAAAUUAAUGUUUCUAUAGAAUUACAUCUUGCAUGUGUUCUUGCAGGGGCAAAUGGACUUCUUCCGAAAUUCAAGUUAUGCGUAUGGCAUCCGGGUUAGUUUACCUGAAUUUUAAGAUAGAAGAAACUAUUUGUGUCAUACUGAAUUAACUAACCAGAUAUCCUUCUCCUGUUUCUUUAUUCAGGAGGAGCCGAGUAUAAGGCCUCCUCAGCUGCAUGAUGACCCAUCUCGACAUACAUGACGAAGGACCUUUCCUUCCGUUUACUUAUAUACCGGUGUUCCGCUCUUUUUAUGGCCUGUUGGAUUGAAAUCAAGGACCUUUUCCUUCCAUCUAGUUAAAUGGCUCGAACUUUUUUUUAAAAUUCAUCAGGCCUUUUUGAAGGCAAAGAAUGCUGUGUGCACUGGUGGAUUUCGUUCUAGUACCUAGAUUGUCUUAAAAAAUUAGAAGAAUCACUAGGUGGCUGUCAUAACAUAUGGAUGUAAAGAGCCAACUAUUUUAGUUAGUAGAUUGAGUAUUUGUUGUUGGAUCUGAUUUGUCGGGGAGAAAGGUCAUAUGUAUAUGUAUGGUGGUUGUAAUGUACAUGUGGUUGGUUUUUGAGCUUGUAGGGCACCUAGGAAUGUGCUUUUCGGGGAACCAUUGCCCUGUUCCAGACUAGUUAGACAAAGUUGUGCGAUCAAGCUAUGGAGAAGCCUUGGGGAGUAGAAAAUAGUAGAUGAAAGGUGAACAAGUCAUGGAUGCAGUAGUGAUGGGGUUAUCUUUUGUGCUGCAUGUAGCCUUCAACUUUUGUGGUGUUUCAGAAAAACCAGGAUGGUAUCAUAAUGGAUGAAGAAAAAGAAAUUAUGGAAAUAAGUAUUGUCAAUCUUGAGCGGAAAUCCGAGCUAUAACUGUGGAAAAAGAAGGCGGCAAAAGCAUAUUCAUCCCCUUUUCUUCUGCUGGACGCAGUUUCGAUUUUCAUGACUAUCUCCUUUGUUGUUCAGUAUAUUAGCCCAGUUUAGAUGGUAGUUUUUCUUUCUGGAAGUAUGUUGUGAUACACCUCUUUUGAAGCUCCAAACGUGGAAGUCAAAUGUUAUUAGAUCUCCGUAGCUUUUUUCCCAGAUUCUCGAUUUUGUCUUGAAUGUUUGUCAGUGACAUGAACUUGUCUAAAAUGUUUGACGGAAACUUUUUGUAUGUCCUACACAAUCGCAACGGAUAUUAGGUCUGGGUUCCGGUGGUCAUAGAGUCGGAAGAUGAUUGUCCUGGAAAAGCAGGGAGGAAGGGAAGAAAUGGAUCGUAUAACAUUAGUCAAUGUUCCUCUCUCAAUCAAAUUCGAAAUCUUAUCAAUUGAAAAUCCAUUGUCCUAGUUGGCCUUGAAACU